CAGACUGUAGAUGCCAUGCCAAGUUGUGGCAUAUCUAAUCUGCCAUGGCAUCUACAGAGGAGCUUCAAUGGCCUCUAGCAGCUUAUCGGAGAAGACAACAUGAAGGAGUCGGAGCCAAAUGGAGGCCGGUACGGCCUUGCGCAUAUGGCUGGCCACAAGGAAUCGCCACACAGAGGUGUGUUGGCGCAAAAAAGGACGUGAUUCGACAAAGAAGGGCUCCCCGGACCCAUUUGCAUGCUGAGAUGGUGAAGAAGCGUCGAGAUCCAACACGCUCUCCGAAGCGGGAGUUGGAGGAAGCACUCCGAGCCUUGCAGGCAGGAGACCUCCAGGCCGUUGAGCAGCUCAUGCAGCGAGAGCAUGAGACACCGGUGCCGGAGGACUGGCAGCGACGCUACUGCGACGGUGCUCGAGCCUACUGGGAUCAGUUCUACCGCGAACGGACGGUGAACUUCUUCAAAGAUCGGCACUACCUGCGCGAGGAGUUCGCCGAGCUGAUGCCCGCACACGUCCUGGCCGAUCCGAAACGCUGGGUGGAUGAGUUGGAAUCUGGCCCGGAAGUGAUUGACUUGAAGAAAGCAGCCUUGGAAACGAAGACAGUCCUUCUGGAGCUUGGCUGUGCAGUGGGCAAUGGUCUGAUCCCAAUGCUCCGAGCCAAUCCGGAUUUAUUCGGCGUGGGCUGUGACCUCUCCGCCGAAGCAGUGGGACUUUUGCGCAGCAAGGAUGAGUAUCGCUGUGGCCGCUGCUUUGCCUUCCCCUCGGACAUCACGAAGGGAGCUGACCAGCCCACGGCCGAGCAUCGGGCCCUGGAGGAGCAGCUCCCUGCUGGCUCUGUGGACUUCGCGACGCUGCUCUUUGUGCUCAGUGCCAUCGAUCCGGAGCAGCACAGCCAGACCUUGCAGCGGAUCUUGAGUGUUCUCAAGCCCGGCGGAAUGGUUAUGGUGCGCGACUACGGUCGAGGUGACCUUGCACAGCUGCGCUUCGGUGCUGGCCACUGGAUGGGCGGAGACCGCUACGUGCGUGGUGACGGUGCGUCCAGUGGCGUGGGUCGAUACGGGUCCGGUGCGUCCAGUGAGUCGCCAGUGGCCUUCGAUCUCGGGAGGCUCUGCUUGAAUUCGAGGGCUGCUUUUUCUUUUCUUUUCUUCGGUGGGAUUUGGGAUCCAUCAGAUCAUCUCAGAAUUCUCAGAAUCCAUCCGAGAGCUGCUGGGGUUCGGGGUGCACGAAGAUGUGCCACUUCUCGAGCCGUCUCGCGAGCUGCCAGGCACUCUGGCGGUGUUCCUCACUGACUCAGGCCUCCGGGAGACCUUCGAAGCUGUGGGAUUUGUCUCGCCGGGGUGCCCUUCUGGUCGCAUGCGGAACUGCGGAUGCAUCGUGUGGUGGUGUGGGAAUGGUUGCAAUAGAGAACGCAGUCAGAGACUGAAACAUGUGGAGGGUCAUCGUCAAGAACAUCAUGCGAGAUUCCUAGAUCACCAGCCAAGAGAAUGAAAGGGCGAGAUGUGAGCAAAUCGGAACAGGUGUACUUCCUUGGCUUGGGACGGGUUGCAC